AUGGGCAAUAUACAACUGGCAAUCAUAAUUUUUUGCCUCAUUGCUAUUCUGCUGUUGAUUUUCCUAGCUUUUUUUCAUUCGGUUGACAUUGUAAGGAAGAUACAAACGUGGAUACAGUCGAAUAAAGAAGAAAAGGCCUCUCUCACUAAAUUAAAAGGCCUUUACAACGCUAAUGGGUAUUUAGUACAUUCCGAUUCGGAUAUCCAGCUAAAUUGCAGCACGGGCAGUUUCAAAAGGUUCGACUCUGUAGACAGGGAUUUCAGGAUUACAGUAACGGCCAACAGGCCGACGGAUGAUUGGAAUCGCUUCCAGGGCGACGAUUCCAUACCGCCCCAACCCCUCAGACCGGCGCCCGUGCCGCUAACCAUAUCACCCGCUGUGAAGGAGGAACCCGACGUUACUUCGCCGAAGAAACAAUGUAGAUACCACGAAAGCAGUUUCAUCGAGAAAACCUCGAUCUGUCCCAUUCCUCGGCCCGUAUCCUCCAUUAACAUGACCGCUCUGCUCUCCCAGUCGUCUCUGCCCCACAAUCUAACGCCGCCGCCCAGUCCUUCGAUAUCCCAGCUGCCCGAAAGCAACGCGUCGCGAUACCAAUACUCCACGCCGGUGAAAAUAUCGGGAUUGUACGGGCAACCGCAGCCCCAACCCCAACCGCCGGCGGUGCCGGACUCGCCGACCUUCGCCGUCGAAGACGUGGAGGUGGUGCCGGUGAACUUGAAACGGGCUAUAUCCUGCGAGAGCGUCUGCUCAGACAGCUCGGUGGCUCUUGGGGACUUGGAGUUCAAUAUUACUGGUUAUUUAUGCAUAGGCCUAGAAUACGACAGCGAAUGUUGGGACUUGAUUGUUAAUGUAUUAGAAGCGAAGGAAUUGCGAGGUAUAAUCAAGAGGGACGGCAAUCUGGAUACUUACGUGAGAGUAUCGCUGCUUCCCGAUAAAGAGGCGACCAUUCAAACGAAGGUGUAUCGCAGCACUGGCAGCCCCAGCUACAAAGAACGGUUUCUCUUUUCGAUGAAUCCCAGGGAGCAAUCUCAAAGAGUGCUCAGCUUUCACGUGUAUUGCACCGAUUUUUUAUCGCAUACUUUGGUAGGAGAAGGAGAGAUUCGACUGUCCGAUGUUAGCCUAAGACAACCUGUUACCACUUGGGUUACGCUCACGGACACUGGACAGAAGGGAACGGAAUACGGGGAAUUAAUGUUUUCUGUGAGUUAUCUUCCAACCGCCGAAAGAUUGACAGUAGUGGUGGUGAAAGCAAGAAACUUGAAUUUUACCACCGAUACUCCAGGCGAUGUUUUUGUUAAGGUGUACUUAAUGCAGCACAAUAAAAAAAUUAUUAAGAAAAGAACGUCAAUAAAGAAAGGGGAAAAAUGCCUAAUAUUUAAUGAAUCCAUGAUGUUCAGCGUACCUGCUCAUACUUUACAGACAAUCCAAUUACGGUUAACCGUGGCAGAAUGCUGUGCGGAUGAUUCGUCAAAUGCUCUGGUCAUCGGACAUGUUAUUGUAGGAUCGCAAGCGAACGGCAGAUCCCUCAGUCACUGGAAUCAAAUGUUGACUGCUCUAAGGAAGCCGGUCGCGAUGUGGCACUCUCUCAAAAAACAGUCCGAGGACCAUCAAAAACUGAAUACGUAG